ACAAAGUAAGUCGGGGCGCUCACUUUGCUUUGCUCAUGGUAAUAACUCUUGCAUUUUCCACUUCAAACCAAGCAAGCAGCUAAACAAGGCUGUUUUCUUUGCUCACUCUUCAAUCUUUUCUCGCUCGCUCUCUCUUAACUCAAAGCAGAGAUGGGAGAAGGAAAGGGCUCGACCCUGGUGUACCUUUUGGUGGUGGUCCUUAGCUUGGUGGCAUUUGGGUUCGCCAUUGCUGCUGAGAGAAGAAGAAGUGUUGGCACCAUAGUUAAAGAUGACAUAUCAAAUACUACAUAUUGUGUCUACAAUUCAGAUGUUGCCACUGGCUAUGGAGUAGGUGCUUUCUUGUUUCUUCUUUCCGGUGAAUCACUGUUGAUGGGUGUUACGAAGUGCAUGUGUUUUGGGAGACCUUUAGCUCCAGGCAGUGAUCGAGCUUGGUCCAUCAUCUAUUUUGUUUCAUCAUGGUUGACUUUCUUGGUUGCAGAAGCAUGUCUAAUUGCCGGUGCAACAAGGAAUGCUUACCACACCAAGUAUCGUGGAAUGAUUUAUGCCCAGAAUUUCUCCUGUGAAACAUUGAGGAAAGGUGUCUUUAUUGCAGGAGCAGUAUUUGUAGUUGCAACAAUGAUUCUCAACGUAUACUACUACAUGUAUUUUACCAAGGCAACCACAGCAGCGCCUGCUCACAAGGCAAAUCGUGCAAGCUCAACUGUUGGGAUGACUGGUUAUGCAUAAAUUUUAAAUUAAUAAACGACAGAGACCAGGUGUAGAUGAGUUUUGCUUCUUGUUUCCAUGCAAGUUUGAUUGCCAUUGUAUUAAAACACUAUUCUGAUAUACUAGUGCUUUUUCUGGUGACAUUAUAGCGUAGUUAUGAAUGUUCA